AUGGCGCCUCCCGGCCAGCUUCCCCGCGUCCGCUCUUCAGAGGCGUCAAUCGAGAAGGGCCGCAUGGCCUACGCGGACCAACGCUUCCGCGUCGCCCUCGAGCACUUCACCCUCGUCGCCGGAAACUGCCCCUGCUCGAAUCCCCGUGGUAGCGGUCCGGGGACCUCCCAGGGAUCCGGGUCGGGGGCCGACCACCAACAGCGCCGGCGGCGAGAGAGGUGUACGUGCCGAGACUUUGGCCAGGCCGCGGCUCGGCACAGCCGCGAGAGGGGCAGCGUCUACGCCGAGGCCACCAAGGAGUGCAAGUGCGGCGCCGAGAAGACGUGGGGCCGCUGUCACCGCGAGAGUCACGUCCAGGCGCUCGACUACCGCGCCGCGUGCUUCGAGAAGAUGGGGAACCUGGACAAGGCGAGGAGAGAUGCCGAGUGGUUGUUGGAGAUUGCGCCGCGGAGGCUGGAGGUGGGUUACCAAUGUCCAGCUGUUGUUCCCUUGCCCGGCACUCGCUGUUCUAGCGACCUUCAGGGCUACAUGAGGUUGGGCAAGAUUUACAGGCUCGAGAAGAAGCCGGAGAUGGCGUGGGCCGCGUGGUGUGCCGGCCUCGAGGUCGGCCAGAAAGAGGGGCUUAUCGGCACGCCCAAGUACGAGCAACUCGGCAAGAUCCGGGAACCGCUACAUAAACACUUCUGUCGGAGGGAUCCUCUCGAGCUGCCAACCGAGCUGAUCGAAAAGAUCUUUUCAUAUUUCGAGUUCCAAGAGUUAUGCCGAGUAUCGGGCGUCUGCAAACGAUGGGACCACUUCCUCGACACCCACCCCUACAUCUGGCGCGAGGUCCACUUCCCGACCCUGAAUCCUCAGAAGCCGCCCAAGGUCUCGUUUCUCAAGACGCUGCGGAAGCGCACCGGCGGCGGUGCCCGCAGCCUCGUCAUCCCCAACGCCCAUUCCUUCCAGCUCAACGAGAGCAAGUGGCUGUCGCUCAUCCAGACGACGAACCCGCAGAUGACGACCCGCCUCGAGAUCGGCUACAUCAAGCGCAACCUCGAGGGCGACUGGGGCUACAAGCUGCCGCCGAAGCCGGUCUUCUUCCAGGGCGUCAAGGAGCUGCGGCUCAGCUUCCACGAGAUCACUCGGCCGGCGCCCCACGGCCGCGGCGGCCCGCAGCCUUUUGUCAGGCAGUUCGUCGAGCGCGCGCGCGAAAACCUCGAGGAGAUACUGCUCUUCGGCAUGUAUCUGCAAGACCUGGGCUGGCCCGAGCUGCCUCGCCUGAAGGUGCUGCAGUUGACCGGGCCUCUCAACUCGCUAAUGAACCAGCUUACGCCCGAACGGCGGAUCGACCCUUUCGUCCUCGCCCGGGCCACACCGAACCUGGAGCAGCUGUACAUGGACAACUUUGGCGUCUUCACCGGCGUCGACUCCCUGUCCCCGCCCGACGACUGCUGGUCCCUGUGGAGGCGCUUGCAGGUGAUCAAGCUCGGCAGGGCCUGCGGCGCCCUCUCCAUGGGCGACAAGCGCCACUUCCCGCCGCUCCACCCGUCCUCCUUCCGCAUCCUCGACGCCCGCGCCGUCCACCAGGGCAACCACGGCGACUGGCUCCCGCAGCAGCUCCCGCUCGACUACUCGGGCUACCCGGCCGCCGGGGGCCCGCCUCGUCGGCGCCCCUGCGUCGACCUGGCCACCGUGCUGCUCGAGCCCGCGAUCCGCUCCGGCCGCCUGCGCGAGCUGGGCCUCUGCUGGCGCCAGGACCCGGGCCAGUUCUUCCCCGGCGCGCUGGGCUGGCUGCGCGGCGCGCCGUCGGUGCGCACCUUUGGCUUCUUCAACUUCGACUUCGAGUCCCACGCCGCGCUGACGCGGGACCCGGCCCACCGCGCCGUCGACCCGACCGACCUGCUGUUCGACUUCCUCGAGGCCUUCCCGAACCUCGACGUCCUCGAGCUGCACUCGGAGCUGUGCGAGCCGCGCCGCAUCGCCGCCGUCAUCGAGCGCGUCGCCCGCCUCGGCCGCCUGCGCCGCGUGUACCAGAGCGCGCUGACGGGCGCGCCGAUGGACCAGCUGCGCGCGUCCUGCGAGGCCCACGGCGUCGAGCUGGUCUACGGCGGCUGGGACCCGCUGUUCCCCGUGCCGCUGGAGCCGCUGGGCCCCGUGGAGCCGGUCGAGGCCAUGAUGUCGGAUAUGCUAGCGCUGAAGGACGACUGAGGGGACGCUUGAUCGGGGUAGUCGCGGCUCGUCUUCGUGGAUGCAAUUCCUGUCUAUUUUCUGUUCUGGUGGCGCGAUGGGGGGGCACACUGUCCGGGAGGUCGGAACGCGGCCAGGGAGCAUUAGGCGCAACGGGACGGGACGGGAAGCGCCUUGUCUUACAUAUACGGGACGGAUACAUCACGGGAGGACACGAGUUUUGAUAGGACAUGAACGAGUCAGACACAGUCAGGGAAAACUCACUGGGGAGAGACGAUUCAAGAGAGCGUUCGCGGUCUGGUCGAAUAAGUGAAAACAACGCAGAAGAGGAAAUCAAAGUGGAUUAAUGUGGUUGUUUCCAAGCUCUCGGCUACAUUGUGUGCAAGAAAAGAAAGGAACCCCCCUCCGCGGAACGCAUACAAGCCAUCGCUAUCGUGACACUGUGGUUGGG